AUAGAAUGCAAUUGCACCUAGCCGGCUGUUACAGCUUGUGGAUGAUAUGAUUAGAAAGCCAAGCAACUAAGUUUGUUUUAUUUUAUUAUAAGUUUUAUUUCCCUUUUAUAAUUUUAUAACAAGGAUUAUUUUGUUUAUUUGCCUUAUGUUUUAACAGAAGUCUGGCACAAUUCCUGGUGCGACAUGGCUUUUUUCCCCAAGAUUUUGCUAAAAGGUGACGUAGAGGCUUAUUUACGGGGUGUUUACACUAAUACGCAGAUUGUGGCAACAUUGGGUGCGGCUGAGGCUGAGAAGAAGUUUGACCGUCUUCAGAAUCACUUGGCCCACCCGCCAUCUUUUACAACUGUCCGUGUGAACACUCUCGUAACCUCAGUGGAAAAUGUGAAGGAACUGCUUAAGGAAGAAAUAAAUAAGCAAUAUCCUGGUACCAAUAUUCCAGUUUUGCAACACCCCAAACUUCAUGAUCUCUUGUUAAUCCCAGUCAUUGGCCCGAGGAGGACAUUAGAGCAACAUUCUCUGCAAGUUAUUGUCGGUGCCCAGUGUGGGAAUGCUGUACUUAGAGGAGCUCAUGUCUAUUCUUCUGGGAUCAUAUCUGCCUCUAAAUGGAUGAAAUCUGGUGAAAAAGUGUCCGUGUAUUCCGAUAUUGAAGGGAAAUGUAAACGAGGUGCCAAAGAGUUUCUUGGGACAAAGGUGUUUAUAGGGAAUGGGAUCUCUGAAUUAAGUCGAAAAGACAUCUUCUGUUCAAACGUUCCAGUAAAGGGUAAAGGGAUCAGAAUGACAGAACCUGUAUACUGGAGCCCAUCUUUUGACGGCGUUCUCCCUGGAUCUGUAUUUUUACAGAAUUUACCGUCUGCUGUUGUGAGCCACGUCCUGAGUCCGCAGCCAGGAGAGAGGGUUUUGGAUAUGUGCGCUGCCCCCGGCGGAAAGACAACACACAUGGCCACACUCAUGAAUGACCAGGGAGAAGUCAUCGCAAUGGAUAAGAUAAGCAGCAAAAUUGAAAAAAUUAAAUGCAACGCUUCUGUUUUGAAGCUUACCUGCAUAAAGGCGUUUCAGUUUGACAGCACCAAAGCUGUAGCGACGGAUGAAAAUGCGAUUAAAGGAGGUGGACCCCCGUUCUUGCCAGGGACAUUUGAUCGGGUUCUUUUGGAUGCCCCCUGUAGCGGAAUGGGACAGAGGCCCAACAUGACUUGUCCUUUCUCCUUAAAAGAAAUUACAUCUUACCAACCUCUCCAGCGCAAACUGUUCUCUGUGGCUGUGGAGUUGUUAAAGCCGGGUGGCACGCUUGUUUAUAGCACCUGCACUAUAACGUUGUCUGAAAAUGAAGAACAAGUAGCGUGGGCCCUGCAGACGUUUCCCAGCCUCCAGCUUCAAUCACAGGAACCUCAUAUCGGAGGGCAAGGUAUGAUGGGUGCCGGAUUAUCCCCUGAGCAGCUAACGAUGCUACAAAGAUUUGACCCAUCUGAAGCCGAAUUACGUGACGUUGAUCUAAUUACGUUGACUUCCAUGGAUGAAGCCGCCGCUGUUUUAGCAAACAAGGACACAAUAGGUUUUUUUAUUGCGAAAUUUUUAAAAAAGAAAUAAUGUUAAAAACAUUUUUUUUUAAAGAUUCUUGCAGUGAAAACGUGCAACACGAGCGAAGUAAUAACAUUCUUCAGGUGGUAAAUUCAUUACUGCUGCCGCGUUACCAUGGCGACAAAUGAAAGUCCCAGUUGCUAUGGAAGCAGACAGUCUGCAAGUUUACUUCCCCGUCAGCUGCCGCAAAUACAGGUUUAAAAACAGCAUUAAAGGGGCAGCAAUGUCAUCCAUACAUUUCCAGUAAUGAGCAAGCCUGACAAACUUAACCUUUUAGGUUCUGUGCGCUGCAUGCGCUGUAUUAACGCUAACGGCUGCCUAAAAUGUAACUGUUUAGGUACCUUAACAUAUACAGGCAUGUGCAGAACAUGGGGCCGUUUAGCUCAAGGUCAGAGUAGGGGGGAAAGAAAUAAACAGUCUAGAUUGAAUGUACAGACGGAAAAUUGUUUUAAAGACUGUUUUUUAAGACGGAAAGCCAGAGUUUGCAUCGGGUUAUACCUUCAUAUUCUGGACGUGCAAGGUAUUCCCGACUUUCUGCCUUUUUAACUGCCUCUUCUGUUAAUAAUAAAGCUGAACUAUUUGUCUAAG